UCCCUGUGCUCUCUGUCCUUGUUGCUUCUACUUGCUUACCUGGAGAAGAGUUGGUGGAUGGAGUGUGCACGGCCUGUGGAGAUGGAACCUUUGAGUCAGGUGGCGUAUGUUAUGUGUGUCCUGCUGGAAAAUAUGCAGACAUCACAGGCCUCACGGAAUGCUAUGAGUGCAGCAUGGGGACGUACCUUUCUGAUGAUGGCGUGAACUGGAAGCUACACACCUUGCCAGACUUAUGCGUGCCAUGUCCAAGGGGCCGUGCUUCCAACGCCACAGGAGCAGCUGAGUGCCAAGAGUGCAGCCCGGGAAGGUAUUCCGACUUUCAAGGAAACUCUGAAUGCUACCAGUGCUACUGGGGUGCUGCUGCGGAGAAUGGCGCGGUGGAAUGCAGUGCCUGCACCCCAGGCUAUGGCCCAAACUCUGACUACACCGCUUGCGAGCAAUGCUCAGCAGGGAAGUACAGCAAUGAUGGCUAUGGUUGCUGGGAUUGCUGGGGCGGCCAUGUCUCAGAAGCGGGAUCUACAACGAUGGGCUGUGACGCAUGUCCAGCGGGAAAAUACGUCCCGUAUAGUUACUCAAGUUACUCAGGUGGAUCAGGUGGAUAUGGAACUGGAUCGGGAUCUAUGUAUGGAUCCCCAUACACAUCUCCCUAUGGAUCCCCAUACAGACGUAUUUUAUACGGAACCAGUGGAUCGGCUGGUACCCAGGUGGAAUGUUUUGAUUGCCCGGGAGGCAGGUACAGCUACUCAGGGUCCUCCGAUUGUUACCCAUGCUGGUCUGGAACUGCAGCACCCAAUGGCAGUGCAACAUGUGUUGAAUGCAGCCCUGGCACGUAUGCCGGCUACGAAGCCAGUGAAUGCUCCAACUGCAGUGCGGGGACCUUUUCCUACCCAGCGUCGGAUUCCUGCGUCGGUUGUGGCUGGGGCAGUGUUUCAUCUGAAGGUGACGCAAGCUGCACAGCGUGCCCUAUGGGUCAGUAUGCAAAUGAUAACCUCACCCAGUGCUUGGAGUGCGAUGCCGGAAGGUACAAAGGUGCUUUCGACUCCUUUUGCUAUGAUUGCUCUUGGGGAUUUUAUUCAAACGCUGGCAGUGCCGGAUGUGAAGCUUGCCCUGCAGGAACGAUUGGCACCCAAAAUCGCACCCACUGUGAUCCAUGCGAGGCUGGGAAGUACAACGGUUGGCAAAGCUUUGAUCACCGCUAGUCCGAACUACUGUGAGGACUGCUCGCCUGGCCGCUAUUCGCUGUGGAGCGGCAGUUAUUCUUGUCAAGCAUGUCCUUUAGGGUCCUUCGGCUAUGGAUUUCGGCGGCUUGAGACAAGUGGCACUGCAGUGGCUGGCUUUGGAUUUGACGGCAUUUCAUCGACGGGUUCUGCAGACUACAACUGGGAGGGGAGUUUGGUCGCAGAUGUUGGCACAUAUCGGGUUUGUUGGUGUGGAGGUGUGACAACGUGGUGUGACUUUGACUAUAAUUUCCCGGUGGAUGCAGGCUCGAUGAUAGUCAUGGGCCCCUAUCCCAGCCAGCAGUUUGCUUGCGUGCUGGGCCGUUUGUGCCGUGAUGUGGGCCCUUUGUUGGGUUUGGGGCUGCAUCCGGGAGAUCAGAUCCACAUGCGAGAGCGGUGUGUUGCUGAGCUGGCCUUUGUAAUCAGUGUACCGUUGAAUGUGACUGCGAACUCAAGUGGCAACGACGUAGCGCUCUACUUUAGCCAAGACAGCUCGGUAACAUUGCAAGAAGAGGCAGGGGAAUAUGCGCUCUGUUGGUGCUCCUUUCAAGGGCAGAACUGUAACGACAUGCAGAUUUCUGAAGCAGCUGCUGCUAGUGGCAACAUGCUCUACCUGGAAGGUGAUGCUGGCACCCUAGUGAUUCAGGGGCCGGCAGGUGGGGAGUCCAUUUAUUGCUACAAAGGGCAGACUUGCACUGGGACUCUGAGCAACGGAGGAACGACGUUGUUGGCUGGUGAUCGGCUGUCCUUCAUGCAACAGUGUGGCGGAGACUUCUUGGGUGGUCUUCCUACUCCUGGGUAUGCAGAUACACUGGAUGGCUCAAGCUUCAGUUUUUCCUCUUGGGAGAUCUUGGAAUCUGAGCCCGGGAUGUUUCGAGUGUGCUGGUGCCGUGCAGAUGCUUCUAUGAACAUGGACUGCCAGAAAGGCAGUGACUUCAAUGUUGUGGCUGGCUUGUUCCUUGCAGUUGGGCCCUACUCAGGUCAGACUCGUCAAUGCACACAUGGGCAGCAGUGCGUCAUCACAGGAAUUCGUGGUGUCAGUUUGUCAGCCACAGACAAGCUAAUUCCAUUGAGCUCCUGUAAGUUCGCGUUCGCUCUCUCGCAGACAUUCCCAUCUUGGCCGCCUCCAGUGCUCUCCAGCACUCUUGAUGCCUCCACUGGCUCUUAUCGAUUUGAUCUGGGACAGCUAGACUUGGAAGGGGUGCCAGAAGAACUACAGCUUUGCUGGUGUGGUGUUUCACCAUCUGGUUGCUCUAGUCCUUGGGAAUAUCGGGCGGUGGCAGUGACUCUCAGUGUAGCUUGUGCCGCUGGUUGGUAUGACCUACGUGGAAACAGGACUGUUUGCAGAAGAUGCCUUCCUGGAUACUACUGUCCAGGAGGGUGGCCUGCUCCCUUGCUGCCGUGCCCUGCUGGUAAGACCUCUGUAGCCAAUUCGAGCGCAUCAGAAGCUUGUGAAUGCCGAGAGGGUUACCAGUGGGAUGCUUCUGCUGGCCUUUGCAGUCAGUGUGCUUCCGGUUUGUUUAAAGCUUUCGUGGGGAAUGAAGACUGCAAUGGCACUUGCCCUGUCGGAACCACAUCGCAUAUUGGGGCGACACGUAUCAGUCAGUGCUACUGUGAGGGGGAGGGGAGUACAGUUAUUGAUUCAGAUCCAGCCGAAGAUGGUUUCAUAUGCACCGACUUGACUCAACUCUCUGCCAACAUCAGUGGCAUUAUGCUUGUGUCAACACGAGCCGUCGUGUCUUCAUUUAGUGGUUCCCUUCUGGUCUUGGACGCAUCCACUGAAGGCUUGGUGCAGCAAAUUCAUGCAUCAUUGACUGCGUACCUCAGCUUCGGUGGCGCCGCGUCCAUAGAGUUGCAAGCUGGUUGGAACAAAGGUGUUUGGUAUUUUAAUUACAGCAUCACCACAGCAGAGGAAUCUCUUGCAAGAGAAGUUCGCGCCAAGUUGGAGCCGGAUGUCUUUGCGGCCUGGGUUUUCAUGGAGAUGAGAGGAACACCCCUGGACUCCGCGAAUGUUACUGCUCCUUCAGAUAUUGCCAGAGCGUCUCUUGAGUGUCCACAAGGUUUGGGAUUUCCAGGAGGUACCUUUGUUGCUACCUUGUCGGACUGCCGAUGCCCAUAUGGAAUGCAGCCGCGAGGCAGCGGCGCUGGCUGUGUGAAGUGUGCCGUGGGCACAUACAGUUCGGUGGUAUCAGAUGCAGAGUGCACCCAGUGUGUGGCUGAGGGCGCCCAAUUGACCACUCUGUUUGAGGGAGCCAUUUCGGAAGCUGCUUGCACCUGCUCAGCUGGCUUUGUGAACCUGGACCCUCAAAACCCCUCCAACUGCGAGGAAUGUGGACUUGGAUCCUUCUGCCUUGGUGGAGCCCAUCGUCAGGAAUGUGGGGAAUCUCAAACAACGACAGGUGUGGUUGCGACAAGCGAAGAUCAGUGCUUGUGUGCAGCUGGAUUCUUCAACGAGCUUGGCAUUUGCAAAGCUUGCACUGCUGGCCGCUUCAAACCAGAAGUUGCGAAUACACAAUGUGCACCAUGUGCUGCUGGAAACUUUUCAGACGCGGGGCAGAGUCAGUGCGAUGUUUGUCAGGCAGGAAGCUAUUCAACAGGAGGAAAGGCAACUUGCGAGCUUUGCCCGGCAGGGCGCUACUUGGAGGAGACUGCAGCAACGUCCUCUGAUGCGUGCUUGCCGUGUCCAGUUGGCAAAUGGAGCAAUGUGACAGGACUUUCAGUGGCUACAGGCUGUGUUGAAUGUGUGACUGGCUCCACCACGGUGCUUGACGGUGCUGCCAACGAGAGCAUGUGUGUCCAGCCACAUCCUGCCGAAACUCGUAGCUGCACCUCAGGAUGGAUCUGUACCGUUGAAGGUGUGACAGGAUCAAGGCUGCAGGACGGACACCGCCUCGCAAUCACAACCUCUGACUGUGCUUCAGCAAAAUCGUUUGUAACAGGUAUUGCAAACAAUGGGAUCUCCAAGCUUGCUACGGAUACUGGCAGUCGAUAUGUGUGGGGAGACAGCUCUGCAGAUUUCAUUCCGCAGGGUGGGUUUACAAAUCUAUGCUGGUGUGCAAACAUAGGAGACCUGACUUGUGAAGGGCUGAAUUCCAACUUUUGGCUCUCUGCUGGAACACUCUUGAUUGUUGGCCCCAUCGAGAAUACCUUUACUUGUGUUCGUGGUCGGGACUGUCUUGACUUGCAACCAUUUUCUGGCUAUGGUCUCAUGACGCAGGACCACGUAAGGAUCCAACGCGAUUCUUGUGGAGCAGCUUCAGCAGUCGAGAUCUCUGUUGCCAAUCCAGAAGGAACCGGGUCGUUUCAAUCGGCCAGCGCAGCAGAUAGCUUCGUGAAUUUGAUCUUGAGCUUUGGCAGGACCGAUGCAGACAAUGACUUCCAUGUCCAGAUUGAUGCCAACCAAGCCGGCUAUUUACUCUGUUGGUGCGGCAGCAAGGGCUCCUCCGCUGCAUGUGUAGAUCCCAUGGCUUACGUUGUCUAUGCGGGGCGAUUAAGCAUUCUAGGCCCAAGCACAAACCAAGAAAAGGGAUGUGCCGUGGGACAACAGUGUGAAAUCACCGGUGUGCUGGGUGCGAGCGUGGUUCCAGGAGACAAACUCAUGAUCCUGUCAGAUUGUGGCAGGGGAAAUGCCAUUCUUGGGUUUCCUGCCCAAGGCAUCCUGGAUUCCAGCGAUGGAACCAACUUUGCUUUCGCUGGUGACGGCGAGAAAAUCCUGCUUUCAGUUCCAGGUAUUUUCCGCAUUUGCUUUUGUAGGCCCUUUACAGGCAUUGAAGCAUGCGACUCAUCCACUGGCUUUACGGCAAGAGUUGGGCUUAUGACGGCAAGUGGGCCCUUUGCGCGAUCAACCAUUUGUGAUUUGGGGAGUGCCUGUGCGGUGAGUUUGUCGGGAGUUGGCUUGACGGCUGGAGACCUGCUCUGGGUCGCAGAUGGAACUUGUGGCACUGCUGUGGGGGUCGAACAGAAAGGCUUCCCAGACUUGCAGAAUCCCAUUGUGGUGGAGGAAGGUGCAGAUGGCCUGACGGUGAAUUUGGGCACCCUCCCAUUUGGAGCAUUACCUGGGACCUACCAACUUUGUUGGUGCCCGCAAAGUGCGGAUUGCUCGUCGACGGCGCUGUUUCGAGCACCUGCUGGGACUUUACAAACCAACUGUCCUCCAGGUAGCUUCGCAGUUGGACCAGUUACAGGCCGGAUCUGUGAGAGAUGCACUCGGGGCUAUUACUGCGGAGGUGGUCAGGCCCAGAGUGCCACGAGAAUCACAUGCUCAGCAGGGAAAACGACGAUGGAUGUUGGUUCGGUUGCAGAGGACGCCUGUGUCUGCGCCAGUGGCUACCGGCUUGAUGCUGCAACGAGCAGCUGCCUGGCUUGCUCUGUGGGAUCCUUUAAAGCUGGAGUGGGCAACGUUGAGGAGUGCACGCAGUGCCCGGAGGGGUAUAUCACUUACCAAACUGGAUCAGUCUCAAACUCCUCAUGUAUUGAAGAGACACCACCAGAUAGCAACAGCGGCGUUCAGAGUGAAGCCUCGGUGCCGUCGGUGUCCUUUAACUUCUCCGUGUCGGGCCUUUCGGCCUCGGACGAUCCCGAGAAGCUCCGACAGCAGCUGAUUGAGAUGUUUCAAGCCAGCCUAUCAGCGACCACUCGGAUCGAUCCUUCUGCCAUUCAGAUCGACUUUGCCGGUCUUCUGGGCUCAGGGCGUCGACUUUUCGACCUGUCCACCAUCGUCAUCACCAUCAAGACUCGUAGCGAAGAUGAAGCUCAGACCACAGCUGCAGACUUGGAUGUAUCGACGGUGUCCAACGAGAUUACCAGUGCAGUUGCGCAGAACCCGACCUUGGCUGCCUCGGGCCUUCAGCUCGACAUGACGUCAGCGCCCAAAACCGUAUAUACGGUUGUGAAGUGUGCAGCAAGUCGCUCCAUACCUCCAGGUGUUCCUGUCCAAAGCGAAGCUGAUUGCCGAUGCAGCCCUGGUUUCGGCUAUAACCCGGCAGAGGAUGUUUGUAGUCCGUGUGGCCAAGGAGAAUACAAGGCGGACAUUGCCAACAGCUUUUGCACCACCUGCCCGAUGGACAUGUCGACGCAGAACGUUGGUGCUACCUCGCUCGAGCAGUGCAAAUGCCAGGCAGGGCUCUAUGAUCAAGGAGGCUCCUGUCAAGACUGUCCAGAAGGCUUCUAUUGCCAGGGGGAUGGUAAAGCCAUUGCCUGUCCCCCACAUUCGACAACCACCACCGACAGAAAGGUCGCCACGGAUUGCAUUUGCAUGGCGGGCUACUACUAUGUGUCCGUAAAUGGCUCACAGGAUACCAACUGCAGACCAUGUGAUCCCAAAAGCUACAAGCCAAAUGUUGGCAACGGGGAAUGUCCGCUGACAUGUCCCACCAACGCUGAUAGCGAACUGGCAUCCACGAGCUUGGCGGAUUGUUUCUGUGAGCCAAGUUUUUAUGCAAGCAUCGAUAGCACAACUAUGAGGCUGGCAAGAUGUAUCCCCUGUACAUUUCAAGGUCUGGAUUGUCGGGGGGGUUUUGAGAAUCGAAGCGAAGCAAAUGAGACGUCUGAUCGCGUGCAUGCUAUGCCCGUUUCUCUGCCUGGUUUUUUCCAAACUGGAUUGACCACAGCCGUUGAAUGUGAUGUGCUACUGCCGGAUGGCACUUCAGCCUGCAUCGGUGGCGAACUCUGUGUGGGUAGCGACCCAAAGGUCUCGAAUUGCAAUGGAGCAUUUGGCAAUUUGUGUGCAGAAGGCUCAACUGGAAUGCUUUGCGGUGCAUGCCCCUAUCGUUGGGCAAGAGAUGACUAUCCAGACUACUGCCAGCCUUGCCCAGAUGAAGCAGUAAGCGCUCUGGUGGCCGGAAUCUUGUCUGAUAUCUUUCAGAAGACUGCCCUGAACUUUGUGGUGGCAGUCAUGGCAGCCACAUCUGCUGUGAAAGGAGGCUCCAAACUUCACACCAGCAUGAUCCGCAUCGGUACACAAUGGUUGGCAGCUUGUUCUGUCCUCACAGAGUUUAAUUUGGACCGGCUCCCUGGCUUUGGCUGGUCCCAAGAGCAAGAGAAGCUCCAGCAGCUCCAGGCCUGUGCGGAUGCCAACAUCACUGAUUGUGAUACAAGCAAAGAGGCAAGCAAGUUUCCAUGGCCAGAGGAGGUGACACAGGCCAUGGACAAUGUCUUUGCCAUGAUGGGGGUAGUGCCAUCUUUGGCUUCAGUGGAAUUUUCGGCUAGAUGCCAUGGAGAGCAGCUGCUGCCCGGAGACGGAAACGCGAAAUUAGUUGCACCAGCGGUGUACUUUGUAUUCAGCCCGCUCAUUGCCAUGAUGGGCGUGGUGCUCAUCUGCGCGCUUGUGACGUAUGUUGCGAUUCCAUUGCUCAACAAACUGGGCUUGGAGUUCAAUGAUAUUGCACGAAGGAAAAGACUACGAGACGCGGCGAUCAAAAAACUGGUGCCUGCACUGGCAGCCAGCCUUGAAAAGCAUGGCCUGACAUGGGCAGACAUCCAGGAGUCCAAGGUGCUCGAAGAAGCUACUACAUGGAACCUGGAACAUGCCGUCAUGGAGCCGGCCACAUUUGUCUCAGGGAAGCUGGCUUACAACAAGACCUUAGCCAUGAAGAUGUGUUUGCACAAGGUACGUCAUGAAUCCCAACAGGAGAGCCUUUGUGCUGAAGUUGGUCUUGUUUGGGAUGAUUUUCUCUCGAACCCCGACCUCCUCUUCCGCGAGCUUUCCAGUGAAAGUCUACACGACGCCAUCAUAGACCAGAUGAGUCCAACAUUUGUAGAAACUAUGGUUCUUCGAGCACUUUCCUGGUCUUUACGCGAGAAGUUUCUGGUCGAAAUUGCUGCGCGCCAUGACCUGGAUGUGGAAGAAGUGGCUCUUGCAGUAGCUGCUGCCUAUGAAAGCCCCGUUGAGCUGCGAGAUGCCGCCGCGGAUGCUGGGAGCUUCUCUCAAUUGGUGGAGGAGGAAUGUGAAGCGAUCAGGAAAAACUUCGGAAAGGCUGAUGUCAUCAUCAAGACAAGCACUGCCGAGGACGAAGCUGCGCCAGAGGUUGGAUUGGAUCUUGAAUCUUUGGACUUUGGCCUCUUCACCUCAUUUCCGAGGCCAUUUCAACUGUUGGUUCAGUGCGUGCCCGUCUUUUGGGUUACUUUGCUAGCUAUGUGGCCGGAGCUCCUGUCAACUUUUUUGAAGAUGAUUUGGUGCACUCCAAUUUCUGAAGACAACGAUCGAGGCUUUACGAUUGUGAAACAACGCUUGCUCCCAAACCCUGAUGUGGUAUGCUGGAGUUCGGAUCAUUUCGUCUUGGCCCUUCUUGCAUGUCUCGGCCUUGGGAUUUGGUGCAUUGGGGUGCCUGUCUUGCUUUUCGUCCGCCUUUAUGUGUUGAAGGACAGGCAGAGUCCAGAGAACUUCCGGAAAUAUGGCUUCUUUAUCCAGGGCUUUGAGCCUCAAUAUUGGUGGUGGGACAUCAUCGUCAAGCGCUUUGAUAUCGGAGUCAUGAACUUGGUCACAUAUACAUCCAUAGCCACUGAGGAGAAAGCAAAGCUUUUGACAUUUCCAAUCAUUUCAAGGUGCUUCCUUGGACUUUCCGCCUGGUGUCAGCCUUUUACAAAUACCCAGGCUGAAAUCUUGGAUUUCCUUGAGAUGUGCCUUCUGAGUUUCCGUUUCACGCUCUUCAGCAUGAUUGCAAUCAUGUUGAUUUUCAAUCCGUCAGCCAGUGCCACCUGGGUAUUAGCGGGUGUACUGGUAUUUUUGUUGUGUUGCGUUUGUGCAUACUUUGCCAUCCACGUCUUGGCACAAUUCUUGAAGGGCUCGGCUGCAGACAUGGAAGAGAGUGAAGACGAGGAGCCCAGUGGAAGUCCCGAGGCCAAGCAGAACAAGGAGAAGAUGCGAGCAGCUGCUGCUGCCAAGCAGAAUCCAUUGCUCCGUUUCGUAGGCCAAGCAAAGAAGAUCCUGGUGAGAAGAGCGUUACCAAUCGUCCAGGAAGCCGAAGACGAGAAAUUUUUCUUGCAGUGGUCUGUCCACAGCAACAAGGUCAGUCUGGUGAGUGCAGCGGAGCUGAAACAAGUUGGAGCUGCAUCUCCGGGACGGCUCCAAAGACUAGUCUCCAUCUUGAAAGGCCUGAGAGCGGCAGUCCUGCGCUUUGGAAGUGGAGUACAACGCCAAGUGAUGGUAAAGGCUCUAUCCGAAUUUACGACAAUUUGGCUGGAUGAAUUUGGACAGCCAAAUAUUCCAGUGGACGUUUUGCAAGUUCUUGGCGCAUUGACAACCACAUCCAAGCUUGUUCCUCACAAGACACCCUUGGUUGAAACUGGGAUUAAGUGGAAACGGCAAGUGGAGAGUUUGCUGCGCGCUCAUCGUGGGCUGCAAACGGAAACUGCUGACCAUUCUUGGCACAUUUCUUUGGAUGAUAUGCUUUCAGCUACCCAGCGCUUGCAAAAGCUUGGCGCCAAAGACGCUGUGAUUGUUGUGGAAGAGGUGGGAGCACUUCUGCAAUCAGAGAAGAAACGGCAUAACGACAUGGCGGUUGCCAAGAGCGCUGCGCCACAGGCACUCAAGGAUGCUGCGCCUCGAGAGAUAGUCUCGGCCGAGAAUGGCGCAGAAAGCGUCCCAAGUGACAGAGGACCAGGAGGAGCUCUUGCCGUCGAAGACGUGGAGCAAAAGGACACACCAACGAACGAAAUCCUUUCAGCCAACUUGCAGCUUCAAGAGAUACGACGAGAGCCGAAAGAGGUGAAAGAAAUGGCGGUGCAAACACGGGUGAAGUCAGCCGCAAUGAAAGAGUUAAGCAUCCCAAAGGGCAAACUCCUGGAAGAUGAUUUGCGUCUAGGAGGUCAAGCUGGUGAGCCCCAGGCGCUGCCAUCACCAGAAGAGGCCCUAUUGGAGCAGGCAGUGGCUGCCCGUACUGCCAGUGUGAGGAUCUUAGUGAACCGUUCUGAAGGCUACUAUGAGACAGCCGGUUCAGCUUGUUUAGUUUGUCCUGCUGGAAAAUAUGCAGAUACCGCUGGCCUGACUGAGUGUGCUGAUUGCCCAGCAGGAACCUACUUGGCCGAUAAUGGUGUGAACUGGAAACUUCAUGUGCAUGUCCAAUAUUGUGAAGCUUGCCCGCAGGGGCGUGCAUCCAAUGCGAUUGGAGCCACUGCGUGCACAGAAUGCGCAUCUGGCACCUUUGCAAACUACCCAGGGAGUGUGCAAUGCGACGCAUGCACUGACGGGAUAGCACCAUUUACUGGGACGAUCAGUUGCCAAACCUGCCAGCUUGGUUCUAUACCAUCUACAGAUUUCACGACUUGCGAAGAAUGCCCAGCUGGCAAAUACAGUGAUGACUCCACAAUGUGCUACACUUGUUACACAGGCACUGUCUCAUUUGCGGGCGCCUCAGCCUGUGUAAACUGUCCUGCUGGCAAGUACUACCAGAAUGAAACCUGCUUUAAUUGCCCUGGCGGGCGCUACAGCUUCGAAGCCAGCACGGAGUGCUACGGUUGCUGGUCAGGAACUGCCGCAGCAGCGGGCAGUUCUGAGUGCACAGCGUGUCCUGCAGGCAAGUUUGCGGAUCAGGAAGCCUCUGAAUGUUCUGAUUGUGCCGCAGGAACGUAUUCAGACAGCUCCGAGUCACAGUUUUGCUGGUAUUGUGGAUGGGGAACCAUCUCUGCAGCUGGAGCGACGAGUUGUGAAAACUGUCCAGUCGGAUACGAGGCCAACUACGCCUCAACAGCAUGCUCGCCCUGUGCUGCCGGAAAGUAUAAGGGCCAGUUCGACCACUCUUGCUGGGACUGCCAUUGGGGUGAGUCAUCCACAAAUGCCAGUGAAGCAUGCACUCAGUGUGAGGCCGGCAGGUAUAGCCUUGUAGAUUACAGUGACUGCGCACAGUGCGAGUCAGGCAAAUACUAUCCGUAUUCCGGAGGAAGCUCGUGUUGGGACUGCUCCUUUGUGGUGAAUGCGAACAGCACGGAUUGCACCCCCUGCCAGCCCGGAUCGCUGGCUGUUGGCACAACCAUCAAAAGCUGUGUUGAUUGCGACGUUGGAAAGUACUACUCGGAGACCUAUGCAAAUUAUUGGGAUUACUAUCCCACAAGCUCAUGUGAACCCUGCCCGAUCGGGCGCUACUCCUCUCAGACUGGGUUGACAGAGUGUUUUGCCUGCGUGGGUCUGACCACACUGCAAACUGGGUCAACAAACGUCCAGGCAUGUGUCGUACCUCAAGCCGAUCAGGCUUUUGAGUGCCCCCAGGGAAAGACAUGUAAAAUAUCAGGCUUCCAAGGUUCUGAAGAUGUGAAUACAAGUCGGCUGAUGGUGUUGGAAGGAAGCUGUGAGAAUUUCACUAUGUCCUACGGCGCCUUUGGUUAUGGGGAGUCUUACUAUUACGGCAUGACAAUGGGAAUGUAUGGACCUUAUGGGCUUUAUGGACUUUAUGGAUCAUAUGGAUCAUAUGGAUCAUAUGGCUCUUCAAGCUCUGCUUCUGCGUUGAGCACUAGUGGCUAUGGGCUUUCAAGUGAAGGAUCUACAGAUUUCGCAUGGGACGGUCGGACUGCAGUUUCUGCAGGUAUAUAUCCGCUCUGUUGGUGUGGCGGUGUUGGUAGUACUUGUACGUGGGCAUAUGAUUUCCAAGUGACCGUGGGUUCCUUGGCCGUCCUAGGUCCCUUAGCAAGUCAGACAGUUGCCUGCGUCAAUGGAAGGCUGUGUCGCAAUGUCGGUCCAAUUUUGGGUGUGGGUCUUCUUGCCAACGAUGAGAUCUAUGUCCGGACUACCUGUACAGCAGAUGGGGCUGCGGAGUUAGGACUGAAGAUGGACAUCACAACGCAGAGCUCCGGCAGUGGAGUGGAGUUCCUUUUAAGCCUAACUGGAGUGGUGCAGAGGCAACCAGGACCUUAUGCUCUGUGCUGGUGCUCCUCAAAGGGCUCCCAGGCCUGUUCCGAGAUGCACGCGUCGAAUUACUCCACGUACCUGGAAAUUGGCUUCGGGACCCUCAACAUUGCCGGCCCAAAAGGUGCAGAAUUCAACACCUGCUAUGCAGGACAGCCCUGUUUUGUGUAUCUUUUGAACGGUGGGACAUUGCUUGAAGCGGACGACAGAGUCUCCUUCAUGCCAGCCUGUGGAUCUUCGGACUUCAUCGAUGGCUUGCCUCUAACGUACAUGAACACCUUUGGGGAGGACAACAAGACAUACCACUUUGUUGGCGAUGGAUUCUUAACGGCGGAGCCCGGAAUGUAUAGGAUGUGCUGGUGCAGGAAAGACCUUGACCACAAUAUUGACUGUGAGAAAUCUAGCGACUUCAACGUUGUAGCUGGCCUGUUUCUUGUUGUUGGUGCUUAUUCCAGCCAGUUUCAUACGUGCAUUCGCGGACAAGGACCCUGCACCAUCGGGGGCAUCCGUGGUGUUGGCCUGUCGGUGACUGACACGGUGGUCCCAAUGGUCUCUUGCUCAGGGUUUGUUGCCUCGCAGACCUUUGGGUGGCCACCACCUUCGUUUCAACUUCUGGCGGAUGCAGCAACUGGUGGCUACAAGCUCGAGCUUGGAGAACUUCCUGAGGCUGGUUGGCCUGAGCGAAUCCAGAUGUGCUGGUGUGGAAUUUCUUCCCUUUUUGACUGCACUGAAGACUGGCACUAUAUUGCAGCGGUGGCUGUGACGCUCUUCACAGCAUGUGCCCCUGGCUGGUACGACUUGACGGGCUCGGGCAGCAGCUGCCAUCCUUGUCCAGUGGGCUCCUACUGUCCAGGUGGAUGGCCCGCAGCUUUGAGUGGCUGCCCAUCUGGCAGCACCUCAGCCGCCAACUCGACCAGCUCGGACGCUUGCGAGUGCAGAGAGGGCUACUACUGGGAUGCCACGCUCAACUUGUGCACAGCAUGUCCUGCGGGCUCAUUUAAGGAUGUGGUUGGAUCUCUUCAUGCUUGUGAUGGAACCUGCCCUGAAGGGACCACAUCGCCAUCGGGGGCGAUUAGCAUCAGGGAGUGCAGUUGUGUUGGGGACGCCAUUGACACAGAUCCUCUCGCAGAGAACUUCACCUGCACCGACUUGACGGAGAUGUCAGCCAGCUUCAGUGGUAGCACACUGUUGGCAUCAGCUGAAGCCACGGUCUUUUCAUUUCAGGGAACUAUUCAGGUCAACGAUGCUUCAACUCAAGCAUUGCUGCAAGAGAUUAGGGCGUCCAUAGUCUCUGACAUAGGACUGAACACAGUUUCCAGGGCAUCAGCGGUGUUUUGGGCCGGCUUCCGUUGGGGCAAUUGGUAUGUCCAGUACGUUUUCAACACUUCGGAAGCGGCAGUCGCGGAGGCUGUUCGUGAAAAGUUUGAUCCAGAUGUCUUUGCAGCUUGGGUUUACGUAAAGAUGAAAGGAACGGCUCUUGGUGGAGCUGUGGCGCUGUCCCCUACUCCCAUCAGAACGUCUGUGCUUCAGUGCCCAACUGGUUUAGCAUUUUCAUCUGGUGCCAUGAUUUCAGGCAUCUCCAAUUGCCGCUGCCCUCAUGGGAUGCAGCCAAGUGAGACUGGAAGCACUGGCCGCGCAUCAGGUUGUGUUAAGUGCCCUGCUGGGAAGUACAAAUCAGCCGUUGCGGAUUCUCAGUGCACAUCAUGUCCACCAGGACCCGUCACAUUGACAACCCUGUCUGAGGGUGCCAUUUCACAUGCUGCUUGCACAUGCUCUGCUGGUUUUGUGACAGUGAAUCCGACAGUGCCUUCAGUCUGCGAAGCCUGCGGCACUGGGUUCUACUGCCCUGGAGGAACGCACCGAGAGCCUUGCGACCUUGCUCAAACUACUGCAGGGAUGAACGCGGUAAGCGCAGAUGAGUGCAUUUGUGUAGCAGGGACUUUCAGUGACCUUGGCAGUUGCAGAUCUUGCGACCCGGGCCGAUUCAAGGCGGAGAACUCAAAUAGCGAUUGUACGCCGUGUGCUGCUGGAAAUUUUUCGGGGUUGGGUCAGAGUCAGUGCGACAUUUGUCAGGCAGGAAGCUAUUCAACAGGAGGACUGGCCAACUGCGAGCUUUGCUCACCAGGACGGUAUUUGGAGGGCACUGCAGCAACGUCCUCUGAUGCGUGCUUGCCGUGUCCAGUGGGCAAAUGGAGCAAUGUCACAGGACUUUCAGUGGCUACAGGCUGUGUUGCAUGUGUGACUGGCUCCACCACGGUGCUUGACGGUGCUGCCAACGAGAGCAUGUGUGUCCAACCACAUUCUGCCGAAACUCGUAGCUGCACCUCAGGAUACAUCUGCAUCGUUGAAGGUGUGACAGGAUCAAGAUUGCAGGACGGACACCGCCUCGCAAUCACCACCUCUGACUGUGCUUCAGCUAAACCGCCUGUAACAGGUAUUGCAAACGAUGGGAUCUCCAAGCUUGCUACGGAUACUGGCAGUCGAUAUGUGUGGGGAGACAGCUCUGCUGAUUUCAUUCCGCAGGGUGGGUUUACAAAUCUAUGCUGGUGUGCAAACAUAGGAGACCUUACUUGUGAAGGGCUGAAUUCCAACUUUUGGCUCUCUGCUGGAACACUCUUGAUUGUUGGCCCCAUCGAGAAUACCUUUACUUGUGUUCGUGGUCGGGACUGUCUUGACUUGCAACCAUUUUCUGGCUAUGGUCUCAUGACGCAGGACCACGUAAGGAUCCAACGCGAUUCUUGUGGAGCAGCUUCAGCAGUUGAGAUCUCUGUUGCCAAUCCAGAAGGAACCGGGUCGUUUCAAUCGGCCAGUGCAGCAGAUAGCUUCGCGAAUUUGAUCUUGAGCUUUGGCAGGACCGAUGCAGACAACGACUUCCAUGUCCAGAUUGAUGCCAACCAAGCCGGCUAUUUACUCUGUUGGUGUGGCAGCAGGGGCUCCUCCACUGCGUGUGGGAAUCCCACUGAUUAUGUUGUCUAUGCUGGACGCCUGAGCAUUCUUGGCCCCACUGCAAACCAAGAAAAAGGAUGUGCAGUGGGACAAGCCUGUGACAUUGCUGGCGUGCUAGGUGCCAGCAUGGUUCCAAGCGACCGAUUGAUGAUUCUAUCUGAUUGUGGUCGGGGCGCCUCGAUUCCUGGAUUUCCAGCCCAAGGCAUCCUGGAUUCCAGCGAUGGAACCAACUUUGCUUUCGCUGGUGACGGCGAGAAAAUCCUGCUUUCAGUUCCAGGUAUUUUCCGCAUUUGCUUUUGUAGGCCCUUUACAGGCAUUGAAGCAUGCGACUCAUCCACUGGCUUUACGGCAAGAGUUGGGCUUAUGACGGCAAGUGGGCCCUUUGCGCGAUCAACCAUUUGUGAUUUGGGGAGUGCCUGUGCGGUGAGUUUGUCGGGAGUUGGCUUGACGGCUGGAGACCUGCUCUGGGUCGCAGAUGGAACUUGUGGCACUGCUGUGGGGGUCGAACAGAAAGGCUUCCCAGACUUGCAGAAUCCCAUUGUGGUGGAGGAAGGUGCAGAUGGCCUGACGGUGAAUUUGGGCAUCCUCCCAUUCACAGCAUUGCCUGGCACCUACCAACUUUGUUGGUGCCCGCAGACUGCGGACUGCUCGUCCACGGCGCUGUUUCGUGCACCAGGUGGGACUCUGCAAGCGAAUUGUCCUGCAGGGAGCUUUGCAACAGGACCGAUAUCAGGCCUGAAAUGUGAGCUGUGCUCUCGAGGAUAUUACUGUGCUGGGGGACGACCUCAGUGGGCUUCAAGGAUUCCCUGUGCCAAUGGUGAAACGACUCUGUCCAAGGGAUCAGCUUCCAGGGACGCGUGUAUUUGUGCGAAGGGCUUCGAACCCAGUGGAGCGGAUGGCUGCACGGCUUGUGCCGUUGGGUCCUAUAAGGAUUUCGAAGGCAACGACGGGCAGUGCAUUGUGUGCCCAGAAAAUUAUACAACUUAUGCAGUUGGUGCAAUUUCAAACUCUUCUUGUUAUGAAGAGACGCCUGUAGCGGGCAGUGGCAGUGGCAGUGGGGAUUUGCAGAGCUCAGCAACAGUCCCGGCAAUUUCUUUCAGCUUUUCAAUUGGACAAAUUCCAGCCACUGAAGAUCCAGAGACACUUCGCGCACAGCUCAUUGACAUGUUCCUGACAAGUUUGGCUGCCUCCACCGGAGUCGAUCCUUCGGCCAUUGAAAUUGACUUUGGAAAUCUUUUCGGCCGACGGCUUGGAGAUUUGGCACCGGAUAUUUUUGAGUCUCGGCGGCUCUUUGAUCUGUCAGACAUCGUCAUUACCAUCAACACGCGAUCCGAUGCCGAAGCGCAGACAACUGCUGCGGACUUGUCAGUUCAAACGUUGAACAAUGAAAUCGCUGGUGCAGUGCAAUCCAAUCCGACAUUGUCCAGCGCCGGCAUUCAGCUGAACAUGACUUCUGCACCGGAGACCAAGUAUGUGACGGUCACUUGUGCUCGACAUCGCUCAAUACCUCCAGGUUUUCCAGUCCAGAGUGCGGCUGACUGCCAGUGCAGUCCUGGUUAUGGAUAUGAUCCGACCAGCGACUUUUGCACUGCAUGCCUCAAAGGUGAAUACAAGGCCGACAUUGCCAAUGCCGUUUGUACCAGAUGUGGGGCACAAAGAUCCACAGUGCAGACAGGCUCAAACUCGAGCCAAGACUGCAAAUGUCAGGAAGGGCUCCAUGAUGAUGACAUGGGCUCCUGCACUACGUGCCCCGAGGGCUCCUAUUGUACCGGAGAUGGGCAAAAAGUAUUGUGCCCCAACAAUUCCACCACCACGAAUCAAAGAAGGGCAAGAAGUGAUUGUAGUUGCAAACCAGGCUACUUUGCUGUCAGAACAUUUUACGCUGACGGAUCUCAAGAGACUGAUUGCCAACCUUGCCCGCGCAAAAGCUACAAACCGAAUCUUGGGGAUGGGGAGUGUCCGCUCAAGUGCCCUGCGAAUGCCAACAGUGAACUGGGCGCAGUUACACUGGCCGAUUGUUUCUGCGAACCCAAUUUCUAUGCAAGCAUUGAUAGCAACAGCGGGCAACUUGAUAAAUGUAUUCUCUGCACCUUUGAAGGCCUUGACUGCAGAGGUGGCUUUGAGAAUCAGACUAAUCACACUGCGACUUCUGGGCCAGGGGUUCAUGCCUUGCCUAUAGCCCAGCCUGGCUUCUUCCAGACAGGGCUGACGACGGCCACAUCGUGCGACGUUCUCAUGCCGGACGGGUCUUCAGCCUGCAUGGGUGGUCAAGGCUGCGUCUCGCAACGGCUUGGCCUGCAAGCUCCAGCCGGUUGCCACGGUCCCUUUGGCAAUGGAUGUGGAACCGGCUCCGCUGGCGUUCUUUGUGGUCACUGCCCAGAUGGUUAUUCGCGUGAUAGCUAUCCAGACUACUGUCAGAUCUGCCCUGACGACCCUGGAAGUGUGCUUGCAUUGGGAAUUGCGUCGGACCUCAUUCAAAAGGCCUUCAUGAACUUUGUGGUGGCUGUGAUGGCUGCCACGACUGCGGUGAAAGGGGGUGUGAAGCUUCACACCAGCAUCAUUCGUAUCGGCUCGCAAUGGAUAGCAGCUUGUUCUGUCCUCCUAGAGUUCAAUCUGGACCAACUCAAAAGCUUUGCUUGGUCAGAGGACGAGGAGGAGAUGAAGCAAUUGCAAGAAUGCGCUGAUGCAAAUGCCACUGCAUGCAACACGGAUUCGGAGGGGCUGAAAAUGCCUUGGCCUCCAGAAGCCACGCAAGCGAUGCAGAGCCUCUUUUCGGUUUUGAACGUCGUGCCGCGAAUCGCCACGGUGGAAUUCGCAACGAGCUGUUUUGCUCAAACCAUCGUGCAGAAUAAAGAGAUGAAAGGUUUGAAGCUGAUGGGUCCUGCGGUGUACUACCUGACAAACCCCAUUUUUGCGAUGGUCAGUGUGUAUCUCGUGUGUGCCUCUGUGGUUUAUGGCUUGGUUCCUUUGGCCAACAAGUUUGGCGUACACUUCAAUCCCAAAGCAAAGCGACAGAAGGCAACAAGAGCUGCCAUUGAGAAGCUGUCCAUGUGUUUGGAACCACUGUUGCCCGGCCUUGGACUCACUUGGGAAGACGUCAAGGAGUCCGGGGUGCUAGAAACAGCAACCUUGGAGAGCAUCGAGGAUGGCAUUGAAGCUCCUCAUGAAUUCAUCGAGGGAGAGCUAGCCUUCUCAAAACCCCUGGCUAUAAAGAUGUGCCUACAACGUGCUCGCAGUGAAUCGUAUUUGGCGACUCUUUCGAGGCGGAUUCGGCUGAACUGGGAUGCCUUCACUGCCAAGCCUGAGCUGCUGGUGUGGGGAAUGACACCAGAAAGCUUGCAGGAAACAGCCACACAGCAGUUGAGUCCAAGCGAACUGGAGACAUUUGCGAAGCGGGCCCUGGUGUGGAAACAUCGAGCUAUCGUUCAAGAGGAAGCUGAGCUGGCCGAUGUGGACCCGUUGGAAGUUGCAGCAAAGGUGGCAGAUUCUUACGACUCCGCAGCGGACCUUUACCAGAGGGUCUUUGCCGGCGAGCAAACGGAGGCCUUCACAGCAUUAUGCAGGGCAACAUGCGAUGCAGUGAGGCGACCACUUCUACAGGGAUCCCACAGCAAACACACGCUGGUCACGGAGGGUCAGCUUAUGUCACGCACGACUGUGGAUAUCGAAACUCUCGACUGCGGCCUGUUCUCAUCUCGACCGUUGCCGCGGAGACUGUUCGUUGAAUGUAUCCCAGUUUUUUGGGUCAUGCUUCUGUCUAUGUGGCCAACCUUGCUGUCCAACUUCUUGAAACUGCUCUGGUGCGUGCCGAUUUUGGAGGACAAUGACGCAGGGAUCACCAUCACAAAGCAGCGACUAAAGCCUGAUCCGGAAUUGAUCUGCUGGAGCCGGGAUCAUUUUCUGGUUGCAAUCAUGUGCUUCAUUGGGCUUUCAGUUUGGUGUCUUGGUGUUCCCAUCCUGCUGUAUUUGAAUAUUUGGGCGAUGAAAGACAGACAGAGCCCGGACAACAACCGAAAGUAUGGCUUCUUCAUUCAGGGCUACGAGCCACAAUUUUGGUGGUGGGACAUCAUCGUCAAGCGUUUGGAUGUUGGCACGAUGAAUCUGGUGACCUACACUAGCCUGGCAGCUGAUGAAAAGGCGAAGCUCUUGCUGUUUCCCAUCCUUUCAGGUUGCCAGCUGGGAAUCUUUUCCUGGUACAAGCCAUUUACAGAGGCGCAAGGUCGCAUUCUGGAUGUGCUGGAAAUGACCCUGCUGAUCACGAGGUUCAGCCUUUUCAGUGUGGUCUCCAUCAUUUUGAUCUUCAACCCAUCGACCACGGUCACAAUGGUCCUGGCGGGCUCGCUGGUCUCCUUGAUGGCAUUCACCUGUGCCUUCUUUGGGCUUCACAUCGUGGCACAGUUUCUCAGAGGAGCAGCAGAAGACAUGGCCCAGGAGAAAAAGGAGCAGGAAAAGAGCCCCAAAAAGAACAAAAAGGAGGGGAAAUCCAUGGCCAACCUUGCAGUCUCGAUCAAGAACUUUGCUAUUCACACCGCCUUGCCGUUCUUUCUGCCCAGUGACGAUGAGAAGUUCCUUCUGCAGUGGUCUCCUCAAAUGACCGACGUUGAAGUUGUGAGCGCGGCACAGAUCAAGGCAGAGCAGGUUAGUGCAAGACGGCGUCGCUGCACUCGUUUGGUUUCUGUGUGCAAGCAACUUCGGGCUCUCGUGUUACGCCUUGGCCCCUCUGUGGAGCGACAAAACUUCGCCAAGGCCAUCUCCGAGUUUAGCGCACUUUGGCUCGAUUCCUUUGACCAGGCGACCCUACCGAUAGACACCAUCUAUGUGCUUCUCAUCCUUGCGGAAACCUCUGGCUACAUUCCCACCCAGACCCCCCUGGCUGAAACUGCUUCGCAGUGGCACCACCACGCCCGCAGCUUCAUACAUGGUGAGCAGCAUGGCAAGUUUCUGUCGGCCGACAACUUGGUGGAGGCACGCGUUCGACUACUGAAGCUUGGGGCAGAGGAUGCCGUCAAUCUGGUGACCAAAGUGCAGCAGGACCUACUGGCAAGCAGAAAAACACCCUCACAUGACUCACAUGCUGUCUUGGACAAGGAGCCAAAGUCACCAAAAGCAUUGCCCAGUGUAAGCUUUGCAAGCCUUGCGACGGCAGGAUGGGAUGCAUCCCCUCUCAGCUUGGACAAGGUGAAAGACUGGGCACCAGAAAAGCCAAUGAUGGUAGAAAUGGCAAUGCAGACAGUACAAAGCUCCUUCGUCAAGAAAACUGCAGCUCCACUACAACUCCCAGGAGAACCCAGAGAAGGUCCAGUGGCAAGUAAGCUACAAGUUGAAGUUCAUGAUGCCGAGCCCAAGGCGCCCGAGACGAAGGCGGCCAUGGCCGUGCCGGCCGUGCCGGCCAUGCCGAAGCCACCAACCGUUGACGUAGCCGAUGUGCCUGCAGAUUUGCCGGUGGAGCCAAGAUCUACUCCCUUAGCCAAGCAGGCCGCACCGGCUCCCAUUCCAGCCCCUCCAGCGAUCCGGGCAGUGGCGAAGGCAUCCAGACCGCCUCCACCGGAGCGGGCGCCAACAUCUCCAUUGGCGGCGUCGGCUGCGUCUCUGGCGUCAUCGAUUCCACCGGAUCGACCAGAGCAACGGGAGCAACGACCCAACACGACACCUUUGCCUCCACCUGUCAAGGGACGUUCGGUGAAGGCUGCACCACGACCACCUUCACAGGCACUUCAUUCUCCGGCACAGGCCAAGCCUGCUGCCGAAACCGGACCGCUGCCUGUCCGUGGGGCAGUCCUCGAGAGGCAGAUGACAUCAGAGACGGAGGAAAUUGCGGAGUCCGAGGACGAGGAUGAAUGAUCAUGUGAUGAUCACCAUGGUUUCACCAUUAGGAUGCCAAGCAGCCAAGCACCAGCAGCGUGCAUUUUCCACAAGGCUUUGAAUCACAGAGUAGGUCCAUGAUCAGAUGUCCUUCUCG